AUGUCGCAUGAAAGAAGCCGUGGAAACUUAUCUCCAGUGUCCUAUACUCUAGAUACGACAUCAAAUUCAAGUUCACAGCUUUCUGAAGGAGGCGAUCAGAAUACGUUCUCUUCUUCUUCAAGCUCACCAUCAUUAACAGCAGCACUUCGUAAUUUCGAUAUAGGCGGUACUAAUUUGAACACAAACAGCAGUGCAGCAAGAGAUCAUACGAGAGAUGUUUUCAGUUAUCCUCAGGAUGAUUCAUCCACACAUAUGGAAUCUUAUAUGGAAUAUUUGUCCUUGCUUAAUCAUCGCCAUGCACAAGAACCGGUGAACGAAAGUAGCAGUACAGAAGGUUCUAAUGCCGAUGUAGUUACUAACGAAUCGUUGUUCUUAUUGACAAAUACUACUAAUUCAUUAUCAUUUGGUGUGAUAUCGUCAAUUAAUGAUGAAAACGGAGACCAUAAUGAUGAUGACAACAAUCGCUUAAAUGAAUCAGAAAACAAUAAUGACGUCACUGAUGGCUCAUCAACUCAAGUGAAUGAAUUCAGUGAUGUUGAGUUGGUACUAUUCCGGGACUUGUACUCACCAUCAGCAAGUGACCGAAGUGCUUAUAGCGAGCAAAGGGAAAGUGCACAGAGUGAAGGUUUUGCGAAUAGUUUGGGUGAAACAGUACAAGGCGGAAGUUUUCGUCUGUCACAUCUUAUGCAACGGGAUUUGAAUAGCAGUAAUGAAUCGGAUAUUAUUGAGGGAAAUAAUGGCAGUUUCCAGAAUCCUAUUCAUCAUGAUUCAUCUUUAUCCGCAAGGUUUCGUCCACAGCCAUUGAAACUACCCUCAUCAACUCGUUUGAAAAUGACGGUGCUCAAGUGGAAUGUAGCUGCAUCAUGGAAAUGGAUGGCGGGUGAUGAAACUUGUGGGAUCUGUCGAAUGCCAUUUGAGGCAUGCUGCAUUGAAUGCAAAACACCUGGUGAUGAGUGUCCUUUGGCACUAGGGGAAUGUAAGCAUGCAUUUCACAUGCACUGCAUUGUGAAGUGGACUGAAACUCAAAACGCAGCUCGACCGCAGUGCCCUUUAUUAAUGUCUGAAGUUCCUGAUGUCUCAGAGAAUCUGAGCGACGAACAAAUUGGUGGAUGUGCUGUUGUUCCACAAAACGAUGAAACUUUGUACAUGGAUACUGAAGAUAGCCGUUCUACACCGUCAUUUUCAAUGCACGAUUCUGCCAGUGUCAGCGAUGUUCCAUUCGUUGAGCCUUCUGCUUUCGUUUCAAAAUUGCGAUCGUUCGAGCAGCGUGAAAUUCAGCCCAACGAACGCGACGUUGAUUUCGACUUUUUCUCACAUUUAUUGAUAUUUUACAUGAUUAAGGAAGAUUGGCCAAAAGCACGCCAGUGCCGUCUCCGUGCUGAAGCAAUUGCUGCAAAUGACCAUUUGAAUACACUCAUGCAUAUCUGUCGUCAUCUGGAGAACGGUGAUACUGGAACUGCUCUUCAUUUGAUCAAAAAUUCGCACUUUGAUGAUCCGUUCAAAGAUCUAAUAAUGGAAGUACAUAAACGAAUUACUUUGUCGGUGUUGCGAAUGAUUGAACAUACGUACAUUAAUAUUGAAGCAAAUAAAUUAGCUGAAAUGCUUGAUACUGAGUCGAAUAACGAAUUACAAAAGGUUCUGAUUCGAGUAGGCUGGCAACUGGAAGAUGCUUAUGUGAUACCGAAAAUGACAGCGCAGUUAGAGCAUAACAUUAAAAAAUUGGAUGCUUCACCAUAUGGACCGAUCCCUGAAAUAUCUGCUAAAAUAACCUGUGGAGUGAUGGGAGACUGUAUUGAUAUUAAUAAGCUCAUUCAGUAUGCUACAUUUUUGGAAGUCAACACUUAA